UCUAUUUAAUGCCGGGUCUGCAUCCUUGACGGAGAGACCGCCGCCACCAGCUCCCUUUUCCUCCUGUUUCCAAAGUCGCACGCUCGUGUGCUACGGCUACCUAACCCGCGACCCCGUCCUGCUCGAUGGAGGCGGGCGCUGGCCUCGCGAUGCAGUCGUCGUCGCGGGCGGUCGGGGUCGGAGCCCGAGGCGGGCCCGGUGGCUGCCGGAGCGGCGCUCUUCGCGGGGAGAGGCGGGCGCGGCUGGGGAGCCUGCGGGUAGGUGGACUGGCCGCAGCAGCGGCUGCCGUGCGGGUUCGCGGGGCCAAGCCCGUCGCGCCGCUCUACUGCCUCAAGACAUCCAGGGGUCAGGAGACCUUGCAUAACUCAGUUGAUGAAGCCCUCUUGUUAAAGAGGAAAGCAGAAGAAGUUCUGUUCGAACUGAAUGGACGGUGUAUUUACCUAGUUGGAAUGAUGGGCUCUGGAAAGAGCACGGUGGGCAAGAUAUUAGCCGAAGUGUUGGGUUAUUCAUACUUUGACAGUGAUAGUUUGGUCGAACAGGCAGUUGGAAUGCCUUCCGUAGCUCAAAUAUUCAAGGUUCACAGUGAAGCGUUUUUCAGAGAUAACGAAUCUUCCCACCUUCUUGUCUUACAGAGUAGUGUCUUGAGAGAUUUGUCCUCAAUGCAGCGAUUAGUUGUUGCUACUGGAGGCGGUGCUGUCAUUCGGCCAGUUAACUGGAGAUAUAUGAAGAAAGGUCUAUCUAUCAUGUUGGAUGUGCCUUUGGAUGCACUUGCGAAGCGCAUUGCGCAAGUUGGGACUGCUUCUCGUCCCCUUCUAGAUCAGCCAUCCGGUGAUCCAUACACCGCGGCUUUCACGAAACUCAGCAUGCUUGCAGAGCAAAGAGGGGAUGCUUAUGCGAAUGCCGAUGUAAGGGUUUCUCUUGAAGACAUUGCAGCCAAACAGGGUCAUGACGAUGUCUCUCAGCUAACCCCAACUGAUAUCGCAAUUGAGGCCCUACAGAAGAUUCAGAAUUUUGUCAUGGAGCACUCUGUAGCCAGCAGCCCAUUUGAUGACUUGUAAGUUGAUCAGGAGAGACGGAGGAUGCAACCCCCGCAGAAUUUUGGUCCCUCAAUUCUUUGGUGCACUGUAACUCUAUUUUUGUAACACUCGACAAUAUUGAUUUAUUCUUUAUAUAUUGAUAUUGAAAAGGGGAUGUGUCGUUACUCGAUU